AUGUCAAUCAUCUCAUGUAAAAAUUUAACAUGGCAUGUUGUUGCACUUCGCGAGCUCAAUGCCGAAAACAAGUGCAAAAACUCAUUAUNNNNGAAAACAAGUGCAAAAACUCAUUAUCAUGGCUUUGUUAUUCAAGCAACACCAGUGAAGAGGCUAUGCAAAACCCACAACACUAUUACAGUGAAUGGAAUGUAUCCUGGACCAACAUUGGAAGUGAACAAUGGUGACACUCUAGUGGUCAAAGUCGUUAAUAGAGCUCGAUACAACGUUACCAUUCACUGGCAUGGGGUUCGACAAAUGAGAACUUCAUGGGCUGAUGGACCAGAAUUUGUGACUCAAUGUCCUAUUAGACCAGGACACAGUUAUACUUACAGAUUUACAAUUCAAGGACAGGAAGGAACACUUUGGUGGCAUGCCCAUAGCUCAUGGCUCAGAGCCACUGUCUAUGGAGCCUUGAUUAUUCGCCCACGACUAGGAGAAUCAUAUCCCUUCCCCAAGCCAAAUCGUGAAACCCCUCUUCUUCUCGGUGAGUGGUGGGAUGCAAACCCCAUUGAUGUUGUGAGGCAAGCCACAAGAACAGGAGCUGCUCCAAAUGUGUCCAAUGCAUACACCAUCAAUGGUCAACCUGGUGAUCUUUAUAACUGCUCCAAAAAAGAUACAAUCGUAGUUCCGGUGAAAACUGGGGAAACAAAUCUCCUUAGAGUCGUUAACUCUGCACUCAAUCAACAACUUUUCUUCAAAAUAGCGAACCACAAGCUCACGGUUGUUGGGGCUGAUGCUUCUUAUCUCAAACCCUUCACCACCUCAGUUCUCAUGCUGGUUGGUUUAGGACUCAACAAUUGCCCCAGUGGCGCUAGACGUAGAAAUUGUCAAGGACCAAAUGGGACUCGAUGCACUGCCGGCAUGAACAACGUAUCUUUUGUGCUUCCAUCCAACUUUUCCCUAUUGCAGGCACAUCAACAGCGUAUACCUGGAGUGUUCACAACCGAUUUUCCAGCAAAUCCCCCUAGGAAAUUUGAUUAUACUGGUAAUGUAAGUCGGUCACUGUGGCAACCCGCCCGUGGGACUAAGGUGUACAGAUUAAAGUAUGGAGCAAGAGUUCAAAUAGUGUUGCAGGGAACAAGUAUCUUCACAGCUGAGAACCACCCUAUUCAUCUCCAUGGAUAUGACUUCUAUAUCCUUGCUGAAGGAUUUGGAAAUUUCAAUCCACAAAGAGAUACAGCCAAAUUCAAUCUCGUUGAUCCACCACAACGAAAUACGGCUAGUGUACCUGUUGGUGGAUGGAGCGUGAUUAGAUUUGUCGCAGAUAAUCCAGGAGUAUGGUUAAUGCACUGUCAGUUGUAUGUUCAUGUCACCUGGGGUUUGGCAAUGGCUUUCUUGGUGGAAAAUGGAGUUGGAGAACUUCAAACAUUAGAGCCACCUCCUGCAGAUCUACCCCUCUGUUAA